AACAGCUGCACCGGUCGCACCACCAUCACGCAGGUCAGUGAGACGGACUGAGCUCCAUCAGCAACACCAGCCCUCAUGGAGCGACCGCUGCGUGCCUGUGUGAGAGCUUUGGCUGUGCUGCUGUGUGUGGCGACACAGGCGUUGUGCCAGCUGUGUGCCAGACCCUGCCUUUGCCCCGGUGCUGCCCCCCAGUGCCCCUCGGGAGUCCCACUGGUGCUGGAUGGCUGCCGGUGCUGCCAGGUGUGCGCCCGGCAACAAGGCGAGCCCUGCACUGAGAUGUUUCCCUGCGACAGUCAGAGAGGACUGAAGUGCGACUACAGCGCCAGCUUCCCCGGAGACCCUGGGGAGUGUGUCAGUCAGGAGCAUCUGGGCUGUGAAGUCAAUGGCAUCACUUACCAGGAGGGCCAGUCGUUUCAGCCCUCCUGUGACGUUUACUGCCACUGCAGAGGUGGAGGGGUGAGCUGUGUGCCAGCCUGCCCUCUGAGUGCCCGUCUUCCCACUCCAGACUGUCCCAACCCCCAGCACGUCCGGCUACCGGGGAAAUGCUGCAAGGAAUGGGUGUGUGAAAACCUGGAGAACACAGUCAUCCAGGAUGCCAUCACAGCCAUGAGACCCACCAGGUUGUGGCCAGCUCUCUCGAGUGACCAUCCUCUAAACAAACUAGCCCCACUUGUCCCCACCUGUAUCGAGCAGAGCACCCAGUGGAGUGCCUGUUCCCAAAGCUGUGGGGCUGGGGUCUCCACACGGGUUUCUAACCAGAAUCCAGCCUGCAAACUGCAAAUGGAAACUCGGCUUUGCAAAGUGCGGCCUUGCCAUACGGGCCAGCCUGCGUCGAGGAAACCCAUGCGUGGGCAGCAGAGGCGGUGCAAGGCCAGCUACACGUCACCCGGCCCCAUUCGGCUCGUUCACCAGGGCUGCUACAGCACUCGGGCCUACAAGCUGCGGUACUGCGGACAGUGCGCCGACUCCGGCUGCUGCACGCCUUAUCAAACCACCACAGCCGAGGUGACCUUCCAGUGCCCCACCGGCAGACUGCUACAGCGAGCCGUGAUGAUGAUCCACUCGUGUGUCUGUCAUAAUAACUGCCCCUACACACCUUUCAGAAACCCUGCUCUGUGGGGAUUCAGGCCCUGACCGAUACAAGCACUGAUUCAUCCAGAACAGGAAGUGAGUGCCACAGGGGGAUGAAAUGACUUCAAUGACUGAUGAGGAUCCACAUAGGCACCCUCUAAUCAAUGGACCUUGAAAGAAAAAAUGGUAAUUGUAGAUAAACCCUGUGGUUGAGUUGGGAUGAAUGUUGAUCUUCACACAUGCACAAUCUCAAUCUGCAGUCCGCAGCUUCUUUAUACUCCUGCGCCUUGGGAAGUCAUCGUACUGGUGGCUUUGUUCUCAUCCAAGGAUUGAAAAUAUUUGGCAAAUCUAGAGAAAGCAAGCAAGGAACAUGAAUUUACAGUAUACAGCACUUUUUAACAACACAGGAAGAACACAGGAAGAAGAAAAGGGAAAGCGGGAUAUAGAAGACACAGAGAAGACAAUAUACAACAUAAAGGAAAUAAGUGUAAAACCUGCUAAGUAAAAGUUAUAGAAUUAAGAAAAGAAGUGGGUUUUAAGAAAGAUGUGCACUGAAGUCUCACCUCGACACUGGUCAGGACCCCUUGGCGUCACUUUUGAAGGCCUCUUCAGCAUAAUUUUUCAGCACGCAGGGCUCCACAGUCAGGUUAGCCAUAAUAAAUAUGCGACGUCCGGUUAGCAAAACCCGGUUAGACUUUCAAAACAAAGCUUGCUGAGAACAAGCUUGGUGCCCCAUGGGAAACCAAAAGUGAAGUUGACUGGUUUGCCCCAUUUUCCUUAUAGAGGCUGGAGGGCACAACAACUCCUUUAAGUGCAGAGGUGUGUCAUCACGUCACUCCUGGUAUGUCAAAGUGAAAUUUAAAGACAAAUCGUCAAAGUGGUGUUGUGUCAUUUUUGCUAAAAGCAUUGCUGCCGGCUAUACAGUAGUGGAGGCGCGAUGCAGCUCAAAUUUAGGUUGGGAUCAGAAAUAAUCCCGAGAUUUUACACUGGGUUAAAUAAUUCUGGGCAAAUGAGCCAAGUAAAUUAAAAAAGAGUAAUCCGGGCCAAGAAAAGGAAAGUCUUGUAAUUCAUAAACAGUUUUUUUCUGACCUAAAGUCUGAAUUAAGGACAGUUGGCCAUGAUAUUAAUUUGGUCACAAAGAUAGUCUUAAAGGCAUUUUUACACUCCUAACUGGCAAGUUUCACUGACAUAUAAAUGUCUGUUUGAUAGAAUUGGGAGCCACAGAAUGACUCCAACCUUUGUGUUGACAGCAAUGCAAACUUAACUUGUUCAGUUCUCUUUGUGUGUUUGUAGCCAGAUGACAUUGCACUUAUUUCUUCGUUUUCUGUUUUGUUGUAAAUAAUCCUGGACAGAUGUCUCUUAUGUAUAGUGAAAAAUGUUCCCGUAUUUUGCAUAUGUCCUGUCUUUUUACUCUAGAAGAUUUUUGUGGUUUUGAUUUAUAUUUUUUCACAUUAUAGUAUUCACAGAUUUAAAUCGUCAUUUUGUGCAUACUGUGGCUUUUUACGUACCCCUUUUUCUGAUGUUUCACGUCAUCAUUCAAUAACCACUGUGAAGUCACAGCAGUAGCCUAAAAUUCUGGACCGUCUAUGUUUGUGGGCCCUCGUCACAUGGUGGCCCUGUAUACUCAGCCCCUCCGUCUCCCCACAGUCCGACUCCCCAGUGUACAGUACACAGCACCAAAGAAGUCAUUUGUGUUUCGUUUAAAAAUGUAGCCAAGUAAAUGACUGGUAUUACAUGUAAAGGCUUGUUGUUGACGUCUUCUUUACCAUUCUGCACAGGCAUGCACUUUGAGUGCUUUUUCAGUCAGACCAGGUGACCUUGUUAGAUAGACAUCCUGCCAUCUAGUGGACACAUGCGUCUACUGCAGGGGCUGAAGGUGGGCUAAUAGCUUUACCAACAGCAUCAUCAGAGCAGAGAACACAUUUUGGAGUGAAGACCAGGUGCGAGCCUCCUCUGCUUGUUCAUA